CUUGAGGGUCUAUUAGAGAGGGCUUAUUAGAAACCCUAGCUACUCAUAUCUUCUCUUCUUCCACCGCCAACAAAACAAGAGCAACAUGGGAGAGUCUCCAACAGGGCUGACAGUCAUGGCAGUAAUAAGAUCAGCCAGGCCCAUCUUUCGGAACGCCUACGACAAGCUCGCCUUCACGGUUCACUCUACAUUUUUGGCCUCCGGUUUCGUCCUCCGCGCCACCGGUCCAGAUGCUUUCUCCAAAUACCAUAUCCAUGAUAUCCAUCCCGAUGGCCACUUAGAGGUUGGAAUUGACAAGUGGAACCAAAUCGGUGCUAAUUAUGCCUUCGUUUACACAACCAAAUCCGAUGCGGAGAAAAUUGUGGUGAAGUGCUUUGGGUUGGAGGGUAAAUUGCACAUUGAUGCCCUGAGGGAAGGAUCACAUCUAGCCAUUGCCCGGAUGGAGAUCAAAGUCGAGGAUUAUUUUCCGGAUGAGAUUGAUGGAGGAGGAAAUAUUCCGGCGAAUAAUAAUAAUAAUAAUAAUAACAAUAGCUAUGAUUACGCUUCAAUGAUGCCGGAGGAGGAGGAUUUCAAGGAUCUGGUGUUUGAUAUUCAUUAUGAACUUGUGACCAAGUUCAAUCCUCCUCGGCCGAAACAUAAUCUACCUAUGCCACUUUUUCCUCCUCCGAAAAAGCGUCGAAGUACUUCAUCUCCUCGUCCAACUCUUAUAAAACCACAUCGAUAUAGACCGUCGUGAUGCCGGUAAGAUGGCAAGUUCGGCAGCCCAGGGCAAAGAAAUCAAGAAGAUACUUUUAAGUGUCCAGAUUUUAAGUUUUCUUUUUUCUUCUAGGAGG